CAAACCGCCAUCGGCCGCCGGAAAGCUUCAUCGGUCGGUUAGUAAACAUUGACGAAAUCCGUUUGGAUUUGUUAAAAAAAGAGCGUUAAAAAGUGUUUUAUCAGUGCAGCCGAAAGUUUGAUUGUUCGAUUAAUAGAUACUCACUCAUUUAGGUCGAUAGACAGCCAACCGUGAAGUUCCCAAUCCGUUAUGAGUAAAAACAAGCGCCGCUCCGGCGGCCAAACCGAAACUGCCCCAGCGGCACCUCCGCCACCUGAAGCCAUGGAAGUGGACAUCGACGAUGACGCCAAUUUGUCCGAAGAUGAGGAAGGUGGAACCCGCGUCGGAGGAAUUUACAUCCCGCCACCGGUGCCGCCGUACUGUUCCACGGAAAGCAAGGGCGCCCGGUUGAUUAUAACCAAUAUUUCGAAUUACAACUUUAAAAGCUAUGCCGGUAACGUUAUGCUGGGUCCGUUCCAUCAUCGGUUUUCGGCCAUCAUUGGCCCGAACGGAAGUGGCAAAUCGAACGUCAUCGAUUCGAUGUUGUUUGUGUUCGGCUACCGGGCCCAAAAGAUUCGGUCCAAAAAGUUGUCGGUCCUGCUUCACAGCUCUUCGAAGCAUCCGAACACAAACAGCUGCACGGUGGGGGUUCACUUUCAGCAGAUCCUGGACAAGGAAGAUGGAACCUAUGAGGUGGUUCCCAAUUCGGAAUUUGUCGUAGCGAGGACGGCAUUCCGGGACAAUUCAUCGUACUAUACGAUCGACAAGAAAAAGGUGCACUUCAAGGAAGUUUUCAAGCUGCUGAAAGGGCACGGCAUUGAUUUGGACCACAAUCGGUUUCUGAUUUUGCAAGGAGAGGUCGAGUCGAUCUCGAUGAUGAAACCCAAAGCCAUGACCGAGAACGACUGUGGGCUGUUGGAGUAUCUGGAGGAUAUCGUUGGAACCACUCGCUACAAACAACCUCUGGUCAAAAUCAAUGAGCGGGUGGAAAUCCUAAACGAGGAGCGUACGGAAAAGCAUAACCGUUGUAAGUUGGCCGAGCGAGAGAUGAAAGAUCUGGAAAAGCCCAUGAACGAAGCUGUGGAAUAUCUGAAGUUGGAAAAUUCGCUCACCAGAACCAAAAAUCAGCAGAUCCAAAAGUACGUCAGCGAGCAGAAGAAAAAGGUAACCGAAUUGGACACCGAGCGUGAGCAUGCCUCUGGAAUUCUGCAGAAGCACGAUGAAAACUAUGAAGCUCUAAAGAAAGAACGUAUCGAGAAGGAAAAUUUGGUCAAGGAAGAGAUCAAACAGUACGAUGGUUUGGUGAAAAAGAAGGAAGACAAGGAAGCUGCCUUGAAGACUUCGCUGGAUAAGUACACGAAGGUUCAGGCCAACAUGAAGGCUACAAAUGAGCGUCGUAAGAAAACCAUGAACCAGAUUGAAACGGAAAAGACGAAGCUGAUUGAACUGAAGGAAAUCCCUGAAAAGAAUGCUAAGGAAAUCACCGAAUCUGAGAAGAAAAUUGAAUCUCUUACCAAACAAAAAACCGACAUUGAAACUAAAUUGGCUGAGAAUUUGGCCACGCUCAAAGAUGAGACAAAGGUUCUGCUGGAAGAAAAGGAAAAGCUUCAAACGGAGCUGAUUGAUCUUAAGAAAGCUGUUGAUGACUCUAAAUCGGCGCUUUCACUAGCUGAAUCUGAGCUUAAGAUUUGUCAACAUAACGAAACCACUGAGAAACGGAAACUAGAAACACUCCGUUACUCCUACGAGGAUUCAAACAAAACCUAUCAGGAAAAGAAUGAACGAUUGAAGGAGCUAGAGGAAUCCCUUCCGCAGUUGAGAACUGAUAUGCAGACAGCCCAGGGGAAACUUCAGGAGAACAUCGCCGAGGAGAAAGAGCUUCGCCAGGAGCUGCGAGCGGUCCAGGGAAAGCUGCAGGAAUCGAUGUCAUCGAUGCAAGCCACGCGAUCCCAAGGCAAAGUGCUGGACGCCAUCAUGCGGCAGAAGAACGAAGGCCGAAUUCAGGGAAUUUUGGGACGCCUGGGAAAUCUCGGUGGAAUCGAUUCCAAGUAUGAUGUCGCCAUUUCGACGUGCUGUGGGCAUUUAGAUUUCAUUGUGGUGGAAACCGUUAAUGCGGCACAGGCCUGUAUCGAUUUCCUGAAAAAGAACGACAUCGGUCGGGCGUCGUUUAUUGCGCUGGAAAAGAUUCAACAGUACCAGCAGCAGUGCCACAGCCGAAUUCAAACUCCCGAGAACGUUCAUCGAUUAUUCGAUCUGGUCCGUGUUGAGGAUGAGCGAGUCUUGCCUGCGUUCUAUUUUGCCCUUCGGGACACUCUGGUGGCUGACAAUCUGGAUCAAGGUCAACGGAUAGCAUACGGUGCUCGCCGUUAUCGAGUCGUAACGCUGAACGGAGAUGUCAUCGAAACGUCCGGUACCAUGUCCGGUGGAGGUCGUUCGAUGCAGCGUGGUCGCAUGGGCACCAAAGUCCAAACUAAAACGUCGGCUUCCGAUACACCCAAGUCGAACAAAGAAGUUGAGCAUUUGCAGGUGAAGGCACAGGAAAUUCAAUCGCAGAUCAAUUUCCUCCAGGAGCAGCAGGGUGAGUUGGAACGUACGAUUCAACAACUGUCUUCACAACUGAAGAGCAAAGAAAGCGAAAUUAAACGGCUGAAGAUGGACGUAGGCAGUUUGGCCGAACAAAUGCCCCGUUUGAAAGUACAAGUUGAACGCCAGGAAGCUCGUGUCGCACAAACCCAUUCAGAUCCUGAGAAAGUGCAAGCUUUGGAAGUGAAGGUAAAAGAGUGUAAAGCACAGCAUAAAGUUUCCAGCGAUUCGGCGGGUGUAAUCCAGAAACAGGUGGAUCAAAUCAGCACUCAAAUUACCGAAAUCACCAACAAGAAGGUCAAAGAUCUGCAAACCAAAAUCAGCAAUCUUACCAAACAGAUCGAUAAGCUAUCGGCCAACAUCUCAAAGUUGACGGUGGAGAUCAAAACGUCCGAGCGAAAUGUUAAAAAGACCGAGGAUAAAAUAAAAAGUAUGGAAGAGGAAGUGGUGGCGGCCCAGGAGGCCAUCCGAAAGGGUAACGAUGACCGAGAAAAGCUGGACGAGGAAGCCAGCCAGCUGAAGACGGAAAUCGACGAGCUGAAGGUGGAAAUCGACAAAGCUCACGAGGGCUCUUCCAGUAUUAAGAAGGAGAUCGUGGCCAUCCAGAAGAAGGAAGCCGAGGGUAAAAUGAAACGGUUGGAGUUCGAGCAGAUCCUGCAAUCGAUCGAAAAGAAAUUAAGCGAAGUGAAGGACACCAUUCCCCACUGGAAGAAUAAGUUGAAACCUCUUAAGCUACACGAAAUACCCGGUGAGCCGGCGCAGGAGCCCCUCAAAGAGUACUCGGAAGAAGAACUGGACAGUUACAAGUUGGCCGAUUUGCAGUACCAAAUCACAACCUUGGAAGAGAAGCUUAACUCCAGUAAACCCAACCUGUCGGUCAUUGAAGAGUUCCUCAAAAAGCAGGAAGCCUAUCUGCAGCGGGUUGCCAUCCUGGAAGAAAUCACGGCCAAGCGAAACGAAAUGCGACAACUGUACGACGACGUACGGAAAAAGCGGUUCACCGAGUUCAUGCAGGGAUUCCACAUCAUCACCAAGAAGCUGAAAGAAAUGUACCAGAUGAUAACACUCGGUGGCGAUGCCGAACUUGAACUGGUCGAUUCAAUGGAUCCCUUCAAUGAAGGUAUAGUGUUCAGUGUCAGACCUCCGAAGAAAUCGUGGAAAAUGAUUUCCAACCUGUCCGGUGGUGAAAAGACCCUGUCCUCGUUAGCAUUGGUCUUUGCGCUUCACUACUACAAACCCUCUCCGCUAUACGUGAUGGACGAAAUCGAUGCCGCUCUGGACUUCAAAAACGUGUCCAUCGUUGCUCACUACAUUAAGGAGCGAACGAAAAACGCACAAUUCAUCAUCAUUUCGUUGCGAUCGAACAUGUUUGAGCUGUCCGACUAUCUGGUGGGCAUCUACAAGGUUACCGAUUGUACCAACUCAGUAACGAUACAGAACGAUCCACCGAAAUUCCACCAGUCCUCAACUCAGACCCAGCACCAAUCGUUCACGUUCAAUCCCAACCUGAGCCUGCAGUCCGAUCCCGGCUUCGAUCAGCUGAAAGAUGAAAAGGACAUCAAAGACAAAUCUCAGCAGGAUAGCCAACCCGGUACCGAUUCCCAGAAGGAAAAUAUUGAAACCAACAUUCUGGAUGUAUCGGGACUAUCAAUGACGCAACCGAUGGAGGCUUCCGUUGAAGCUUCUUAAGAUGGUACAGGUAUAAAUUAGUUUUAAAUAAUGAUAAUUUCUUUAUACAUCAGUGCGUUUAACAACAAUUGGACAAAAUAUGCUGUUUUUAGAAGUAAGUACCCAUUACAUUUGUCUUAAAGUCUCUAUAAUUCAACAACAAACAAAAACAAAUCCAUUACAUUUCAAUUAUAAAUAUUGACAACAUUUUCUGAGUGGGCAAACAUA